GGCCAAACUGAAGCCGUUGACACACCUUCUCUCUUCCCGCGAAGUCAAAGCAGAAAAGCAUUUAUUAUUCAACGGGAAGAUUCUUGCCUGUUGUUCCUUUGAAGCUUCAAUAUCCUGUAAAUUCCUCACGCUUUUUAAGAAAAUCUGCGUUAUUUAGCAACAUUUUUUUUAGGGUUGCAGAGGUUUUCUCUUCUUCGAUGGAAGCAGAAUAUCCACCACGUUCUUCAGCUGCAAGCAGUAGCGGCAGACUUAGCGGAGGACCCAAAUCUCAGUCUACCGAUCACGAAGAGGAGAUGAAGAUCUUUCUGAAGGUAAUCAAAACUGUCGCCCUGAGAGCAAAGAGUUCUGAUACUAUCAACAUUGUGAAGGCUAAAUUCUCUGACAUGGAGGGUGUGGCUACAGAUCUCCAAGAACUCUUCUUUGAUGGAAAUCACCUCAAGGAAGAAAAAAGAUUGGCUGAUUAUGGUGUAAGGGAUGGCUCAACCAUCCAUAUGUUUCUCCAUUCUACAGACAACAUAAAAAUACAUAUCAAGGCAUCACAGAUGAGAAAGGCAAUUACCCUUCAGGUAAAGAAAUGGGACACAAUCAAGAAUGUAAAAGCUAAAAUUCGGGAUGAAGGGAUUCCAUUGGAUCAUCAUGAUCUCAUCCAUGAUGGAAAACAACUUGAGGAUAGCCGAACUCUGGAAGAUUAUAACAUCCAGAAUGGGUCUAGUCUCUAUGCAGUCUUUUGUACAGAAGACAGAAUACACAUCUUUGUCAAUAUGCCAAUCGAAGGAACUAUCAAACUGGAUCUCAAAAUAUGGUAUACCAUUGAGAAUGUCAAGGCCAUGAUUGAAAGUAUGACAGGCAUCUCAAUGUGCAGGCAACGGUUGUUUUAUAAUAAAAGGGAACUUGAGGAUUAUCAGACAUUGACCAAUUAUGGAAUAAUGAAGGAAACGGUCCUUGAUAUGGUGCUUGAAAUGCAAAUCUUUGUCAGGACACACAUGGGAAAAACAAUCACCAUAAUGGUCAUAAGUGACGACACCAUUGCAGACAUCAAGUGUAAGAUCCAAGACAAAGAGGGAAUCCCACCAGCAGAACAAAGGCUCAUUUAUGCUGGGAAACAGCUCCAAGAUGAUCAAACCGUAAUGCAUUAUGGUAUCCAGAAAGAUUCUACCCUUCAACUUGUCCUACGGCUCCGUUAGUUGGGAUAUUUGUUGGCCUCUAUUUUGUGGCUAUAGCAAUUGGAGCUAUGCAUCUAGUACACUCACAGCUUAUGGUGGUUUUUUUGGUUCUAUCUUCUCCUGUCUAUUAUAUCUUAGUAAAUACUAUGUGAGUUGGGAAAAAAGGUUGAUUUCAGGUUGCUGACGCUUGUGGUUUGAUGAUUAGUUUUCAUUUGGUAUGUUAUAACAUGGUUUUUUUUUAUUUCA